AGAGAGAGAGAGAGAGAGAGAGAGAGAGAGAAUCUUGGAUUUAUCUCCUACUUCAAUUGCUAGAACAUGAGGAUUAGGAAGAACACGAAGAUCUCUUCUCUGAUGUUUUCGCAUGCUUCAGCUUCUUCCUGCUUGCCACUACAGAUGCAUGUGUGUCAAUUGAACCAAUCACCUUGGGAUGUGAUUACUUUCCCUUCCGAUUCUACCUCCUUGUCGUUCCUCCCUCAAUUAUCAUUCUAUUUGCAGGGCGAAGGAGACAACAGCAUCACUGUGAAUGGGAGCUUAGGAGAUUCUAUUGGAACUACCAAGAGUACUGUAGAAGAAAAGUCAAACCCAAAACCAAAGCCAAAACUGAAGAUUUAUCCCACAGAGGAGAAUGAUACCGCAAAGAAGAAAGAGAAAAUAACAGCCGGUGAGGACAAGGUGGAGACCCAAUUUGAGUUCAUCAGAGGGGGAGGUGUAGAGACUAAAACUGCUGCUAUUGCUUUGUGUUCUAGAUCAGACGGUAGAGGCUGGCACUGCAAUAGGGAAGCCAAGCAAGGGCACACCUUGUGUGAGCAUCAUCUUGCUCAGCUUAGGUCUUACACAACUAAGGGUGCUGCAGCAGUAGCUCACUCUGCCGUCGCCGCCGCCUCCUGCCCCCGCCGCAACCGCAAGAAGCCUUUAAUUUCCACAAACCCCCACGAAUUCUACUACUAUUCUGGGUUCGGGCCUUGGUGGGGGAAGAAGAGAGGCGGCAGCACCAACGGAGAAUCAAACAAAACUGCUGCCUUAGAGGCCGCCACGGGAACCGCAGCCUUCUCUUCAUCUAGAAUCGAUCAAUCCGGCGAUAAAACUGAAGAGCUUGACUUCGUGGUUGACAACUACAAUGAUGGCGACAGAGAGGGCAAUGGCAAUGGCGCCGAACGUAAGAGAACCCGGAAGCCGGUGAAGGUGAGAUCGCUAAAAUCUCUGAUGUGAAGGAGGGUGGAUUUAGGUGGGAGCGUAGGAGUUUAGGGGUUUGGAGGUGUCGUGAUUAUCGUAGAUUUUUUUUUUACUUUUUCAAAGACUUUGAGCCGGAGGGUUUUAGGUUAAGGUUUACUAUGUCGUUUGCAUUUUGUCGCUGGUAAACGUAGGUUUUCUCUUGACCAUGGCAGGAGGAGAAUUUAUAGGGUCAUUGUGCAUUUAUGUUUUUUUUUCCUAUAAGAAGAAAAUCUAAGUUUUUUUUUUCCUCCCUCUAAAUUAAUUUAUUUCUUUGAUUUAAUUAAUGAAGCCCAACCAAA